AUGGAAUUCAAUGCAUCAACCCCUUCGUCCACGGGGACGGGGAUUCCCUCGCCCGAGACGAUCAUGCUGGAAGCUCUGAUCCCUGGAUAUGCAUUGUUCUCCCGAAUUCUAAUAUCUUACCUUCAUAUCGACCUUGCCGUUUAUGUACAACAAUUGGUUGUAAUGAUCGUCUUUGGUGCCUCUAUUAAAUUCGUGGUAUCUUACAUCACCGAUUUUGUCAAGGAAUAUCUUGUCUCAACCGCAGAGAUCCGUCUUGAUGAUGAAACCUUCAGUUACUUCAUGUACUGGAUAUCUCGACAGCCACACAUGAAGCGUACAAAUCGUUUUGUUGCCGGUGUGAAGUCCAACAGCUACUGCAGUGAAUCAGAUGACUCCGAGGACGAUGACAAUCUAGCGAACGACGAAGGCGAGUGGGAUGAGCCCGGUAGCGCUGACGGUAUCUCAUUCGAUGAAUACUGGGCUAAAGUCAUCAUCCGCGACAAGUACAAGCCUCUACGAUUUACUCCAUCACAGGGCCAACAUAUCUUCUGGUGGAAAAAUCGCCCCUUGAUGCUAGAGCGAAGAAACCAAGCCAGUAGCCACCGCUAUGUGCUAAAUAACGAACGACUCUACCUAUCAUGUCUCGGUCGUGAUGCAUCUAUCCUUCGGGCUGUCUUGAACGAGGCACAGCAGGCAUACGUCCAGCGUGAUGGGAAUCGCACUAUCAUCUACCGUGGUCACCGAUAUCACCACGGGAGUUCAUGGAAUUGGACUCGGUGUAUGGCCAGGUUGCCGCGCCCUCUGUCCACCGUGGUGCUUGACCCCGACCGAAAGCAGGAGUUCAUCGAUGACAUCAAGGAAUAUCUUCACCCUCGUACUCGGCGAUGGUAUUCGAACCGAGGAAUCCCGUACAGACGUGGAUAUUUACUACAUGGCCCCCCCGGAACGGGAAAGACCAGUCUGUGCUUUGCUGCAGCAGGUCUGUUCGGAUUGAAACUUUACCUUCUCAACCUAAACUCCAAAGCCCUCGACGAAGAUAGUCUCGCCUCUUUGUUCUCCGAGUUGCCCAACCGAUGUAUCGUUCUUCUUGAGGACAUCGACACAGCCGGGAUCACUCAAAAUCGAAGCAAGACUGUAACCGACAGCAAUUUGAAAGAUACUGAGGUUAAUGAGUCCGACAUUGAGGAUAUUCCUGCCGAAAAAGUCGAUGCUGUCGCUGUGAAAAAAGCUGCUAGACCCGCCAAGCCAGCACCCGAUGGAAUCACCCUGUCUGGUCUGUUGAAUGUCAUAGACGGUGUUGCCGCUAGUGAGGGCCGCAUUCUUGUGAUGACUUCAAAUCACCCGGAAAAUCUUGAUGCGGCACUUCUUCGUCCCGGUCGAGUGGAUAUGAGCAUCUCGUUUGGUUACACCGGCGAGAAAGCCAUAGAAGAGCUCUUCAGUUCAAUUUACAUGACAAUGGAUGGCGACUCUCCUCGCACCUCUAUCGCACGCGGACAUGCGAAACUUGGAAAUGACUGUGGCAGCACUAACAGUCAUAAACGGACUAAAAGUAAGGAGUUUUUGGAAAAAGAAGAGAGGGAAACAAAAGAACAGCAGAACUACCUCACAGCACAACGCUCUCGUAUUGUUACCCUGGCAAGGCAAUUUGCCUGUCACGUUCCGGCCGAGGAGUUCACUGCUGCUGAAAUUCAAGGCUAUCUACUUAACCAUAAGAGCACACCUGAGGCGGCUAUUGAAGGUGCCGAGGCUUGGGUGAAUAAUUUACGAGAGAAAAAAAGGGCUCGUGAAGGAAAGACAGUAUAG